AUCCUAACCUAUGGAUUGAUCCUGACUCGACCUCAGACUUCUUUCAUCACCAAACAGUUGCUGAUGGACUGGGUGUUUGGCUGCCAUCCUCAGGCCUGUCCUGCUUGCUGUGCUUGGUUGCUGUGAGGCUGCACUCUGACAGCGAGGCGCCUGCCUUGCCAGCUGCAUUGUGCUUGGCUCCCGGCUCCCUGUCUUUCAGAUAGCAGAUGAUUCUUGCUGUAUUUCUACAGUAACUGUGCACUUGCCAAUAAGAUUGAUGUAGAAUGUUACAAGUUUAUUUUAAAGAAGAGCUGUCAACAAAUAAUAAAAAAAAUUGCAAUCAAAAUCAAUAAUACAAAACAUCAGGAUGCUUUAGGUGACUAUGUUUCAUGUAGAGGAGGUAAUUGCUUUUGUUGACUUGAGGGAAAGCUUACAUUUGACUUCUCUCUUCACCUGGCCAAGAUAUCCUUAAGUCAAAUUCACGCAUGGAGGGUAGAAAAAAGAAAUGGCUGAGGAAUCUGGAGCAGAAGCAGAAGACAUGGAUGGAACAAGCACUCCUAGGGUGGCGUGCAACACUGAAUACAGCCGGGAGCCUAUCGCAAACCUAUGUGAGGUGACAGACAACAGGGAGUGGCAGCGCUUAAAUAAGAGGUGUGAGCAGCUUCAGAAAACGGCCUCCUCAGCUGGACCUGGUGAUGGUCAUUUGGGCAACAUUUGCCUCGGUUUGUAAUGAAAAGCUACCGAAGGAUUGAAACAGAAGUCAAGAAUUAGAAGAAGGCUCAUGAGAACUUCACAGAAAGGCAGGAAAUUUGUGGUGAAACACAGGAAGUCAGCAGUCUUUUUUUAGUUGACACCGAGGUUGGAGGAGAUGCUGCUGGAGCUGAUGAGAUCAGGGAAGCUCUUCCUCGCAGAGCACGGCUGGGCACCUCGCAGGUCCCCAGAACCAGGAGGCACAGGUGGUUUUCAUUGUGUCAGUGGCCUUCACUCCUUGGUGAGGAGGAGGAAAGGCCUUUUCAGGACUCGAUGUACAAAUCUUUGCUGUAAACUUCAGUGGAAUUCUGGAAGUUGAUGGACUUUAAGCAGUCCCUACUGCUCCCUCAGCUUCCCUACAGAGGUAUUAAUUUCUAAGUCCAUCCCCCGAAAGACCAGGAGAUGCUGUGUGAUUAGGACAGCUUAAUUCCUCCUAUCUUUCAGCUUCAGUACUGUCAUAUCUAGGUUUGCAGGAGCCCAGAGGCAGGGCUCAGCAAAUACCAUUGGUGCUUCAGGGACAGUCCUAGUGGCUGUGGGCUGCAGAUUGCUUGCAGGAAACAAGAUGUGCUAACAGCCUUCAAAAGCAUGGAAGCUGCUGCAUAGAAGAAAGUACAAAGUGAGGAAGGAAAUGUUCUUCCUUAUCAAGAAUGAAUGUUUCAGGAAUAGACUAGACAAAAGCUUUUAAGUAAAACAGCCAUAAAAUAGGACCUGGCAAAAUCAUUUCUCUGCUGCUAGGCAAUCUAAUUUACUUUUAUUUGAUUUUUCUGGGACCAGGUGUAGCUGAAGUCACAAUUGCUGUUGUCUGUGAGGGCCUUUAUCAAGAGAACUGAAGUCUGAAGGUACAGAUAUGGUCGUCUUAAGUCUCCACUGCAGCACCCUUGAGUUUUUUUGUUGUAUGUUUGUUGUAGUUUGUAUUUUUUGCUUUGAGAUGAAGGACUUUGGAAACCCAAUUUACCUGAGCGGUUGGAUGUAGCAAUUUCCUUACAGCUUUCAGCAGUGGGCAGUAGUGACACUAACAGGUGAUACCAGUUUUAGUCAGACGUUGAUCUUCUGUAUGCAGGAAAUUUUAAGUCUUCUUUUUAAAGUGAAUCAGGAGGAAACCACAUUUAAAGUGCCUUUGCCCAUCAAAUGGAAAUUCUUCAUCUACAUCAGCUCUGUUCUCACUUUAGAAAGUCAAAAGCCUUUAUCUUCAAAGAAAAUCACAUCUAGACAGGACAGCUUUAAUCAUUGACAAAUGAGGGCUAAUUCCUCACGUGCAGGGGAUGUUUGGUUGCACCUUGCUCCACGCUCACAAGGAGUUAAGCAGCUGCUUGCUGAGGUUCUGCCUGCCCUGCAGAUCUGUCAUUCUUGCUGCUCAAGAAAAAGGACACGACGGUGCGUGCUCCACUCCUUGCCACUCCUGACCCAUUUUCCCACUGGCUGUGCUUGCUGGGGAUGUGACAUCCGAGCUCAGUGCUGGCGCAGCCUUUGUAAAGCUUUGUUCUGCAAAGCCCUUCUCGUACCGUGGAGUUCAGAUUAAUUUCCUACAACCAGCUUUGUUCGGGGAGAGAUGGAAGCGCUAAGAAUACAAAUCUGUUGGCUCCUCCCAUCCGUUUGCCAGCAUAAGCGUUCCAUCUCCUUUUGCAUGUAGCCGUUUGCUGCGUUUCUGAGGUUUUGAUGUAUCUCGCAGCAAUGCCGAUCUGCCUCCAAGCAAUUCUGAUGGAGCUGUCGGUAUUUCUGCUGGUCGGGGCUUUCGGGACCGCUACCACGCGGGUCGCCAUUCAGAGGCAAUUUCACAGACCAAAGGCGAAAAUACCGAUCGCUGCGGAAUAAAGUUUCUCCCUUUUCCUCUUUCCCCCGGUGCUCAGAGGGGGGAAGGGACCUGCGCACACCGCCGAGCAGCCUCGCCCGAUGUAAGAAGGAGCCAGAGGGCUGGCCAGGAUGGGGAGAGGAGGAGGAGGGAUGCUAAAAAUACCGCCCUAUGCCGGGCAGCGCGCGGUGCCGGUGCGGGCCGGGUGCGCAGCGUGCGCGCCGCAGUGCGCGGCGGGAGCGGCCGCGCCGCAGGGAUGCUCGCCCCGCUGCUGGGCUCCGCGGGCUCCGGCUGCCUGCUGCUGGAAAUCGCCGUGUCGCUCGUGGAGAAGAUGCAAGCUCAGGAAAUCCUGCGGAGCCUGCGGCUCCCCGAGUUCGAUGACCUCAGCCAGUUCUUCCGCAACCUUCCUGCCACCGCGCUGGUGGGCAUCGGUGCCUUCGCCGCCGUCGUCGCCUACUGGUUUGCCAGUCGGCCCAAGGCUGUGAAGCCGCCCUGUGAUCUGCGCCUGCAGUCGGAGGAGGUCGAGGGCCUGGAUGGGGCACGCCGCUCGGUGAUUGGGGACAGCCCACAGCUGUUGACCCAUUACUACGACGAUGCCAGGACCAUGUAUGAGGUCUUCCGGAGGGGGUUCAGCAUCUCUGAGAACGGCCCCUGCCUGGGCUUCAGGAAGCCCAAGCAGCCCUACCAGUGGCUGUCAUACAAAGAGGUGGCUGAAAGAGCAGAAGCUCUGGGCUCGGGGCUGCUGCAGCAGGGCUGCAAGCCAUCCACAGAGCAGUUCAUUGGGGUCUUUGCCCAAAACCGCCCAGAGUGGAUCAUUUCUGAGCUGGCCUGCUACACCUACUCCAUGGUGGUGGUGCCUCUCUAUGACACCCUGGGUCCUGGAGCCAUCCGGUACAUCGUCAACACAGCGGACAUUUCCACAGUCAUUUGUGACAAGCCUGACAAAGCCAGGACGCUGUUGGACCAUGUGGAGAAGAGGGAAACACCGGGGCUGAGCUCCAUCAUCCUGAUGGACCCCUUUGAGAAGGAGCUGAUGGAGAGGGGAAGGCGCUGCGGGGUCCGCAUCCAGAGCAUGCAGGAGGUGGAGGACUGUGGCCGGGAGAACCGACACACGCCUGUGCCUCCCCGGCCAGAAGAUCUCUCAAUUGUCUGUUUCACCAGUGGGACUACAGGAAACCCCAAAGGUGCUAUGCUGACACAUGGGAACGUGGUGGCUGACUUUUCAGGCUUUUUGAAAGUGACAGAGAAAGUGAUCUUUCCGAGACAGGACGAUGUGCUCAUCUCCUUCCUGCCUCUGGCUCACAUGUUUGAGAGAGUGAUCCAGUCUGUAGUGUAUUGCCACGGAGGGCGAAUUGGCUUCUUCCAAGGCGACAUCCGCCUGCUGUCUGAUGACAUGAAGGCGCUGCGUCCCACCAUCUUCCCUGUUGUGCCGCGCCUGCUGAACAGGAUGUACGACAAGAUCUUCAGCCAGGCAGACACCUCCCUGAAGCGCUGGGUGCUGGAGUUCGCCGCCAGGCGGAAAAAGGCUGAGGUUCGAAACGGCAUCAUCAGAAACGACAGCCUGUGGGACAGGCUCUUCUUCAACAAAAUACAGGCGAGCCUCGGUGGGUGCGUCCGCAUGAUCGUGACGGGUGCUGCCCCAGCCUCUCCAACUGUCCUGGGCUUCCUGCGGGCGGCCCUGGGUUGCCAGGUGUACGAGGGGUAUGGGCAGACGGAGUGCACGGCGGGCUGCACCUUCACCACCCCGGGGGACUGGACCUCAGGUCAUGUGGGAGCCCCUUUGCCCUGCAAUUUAAUCAGGCUGAAGGACGUGGAGGAGCUGAAUUAUUUUGCUUCUAAAGGAGAAGGAGAGAUAUGCGUGAAAGGACCAAAUGUUUUUAAGGGUUAUUUGAAAGAUGAGGAGAGGACGAGUGAAGCACUGGACCAGGAGGGCUGGCUGCACACCGGAGACAUUGGGAAGUGGCUACCUAAUGGGACGCUCAAAAUCAUCGAUCGGAAAAAGCAUAUAUUUAAACUUGCUCAGGGAGAAUACAUUGCACCAGAGAAGAUAGAGAACAUCUACAUCCGCAGUGACCCCGUGGCCCAGAUCUACGUCCAUGGAGACAGCCUGCAGGCCUUCCUGGUGGGAAUCGUGGUGCCAGAUGCCGAAGUGAUGCCAGGCUGGGCAAAGAAGAGAGGGUUUGAUGGAACGUAUGAGGAGCUGUGUAGAAAUAAGGAACUGCAGAAAGCAAUAAUGGAAGACAUGGUACGGUUAGGGAAGGAGAGCGGGCUUCAUUCCUUUGAGCAGGUCAAAGCCAUUUACAUCCACUCCGACAUGUUCUCAGUACAGAACGGUUUGUUGACACCGACGUUAAAGGCUAAGAGACCAGAACUGAGAGAUUACUUCAAAAAACAGAUACAAGAGCUAUAUUCCAGCAUCUCCAUCUGAAACCACGGGAAGAACCUUCCGAGUAACGGACUUUGUAGCAAUAUUAGGAUAAUGCUCGACAGUACAGAGCCAGAAUGACACAGCUGAAGCGGAUGAGCAUCUGAAUCUUGCGUCUGAGCCUUUUCUUGUUUUAGGAUUUCACCACUAACCACCAUUUCCCUUUUCCUUCUGUUUUUCAUCGGGUUUGAUAUCAGUUUUAUUCUAUGGACACAGCAGGGCACCAUCAAGAAUUAUGCUAAAUUGCCACAAAAUAUACAGCAAUUUCAAUCCAUGACUGAGGAAAUUACGGAAACUUAUUAAUAACUAUGAGCAUUUCAAGACUAAACUGGAGAAAGUUUCAGAUAUGUCUGUUGAUAUUUGAUUGUAAAUAACCUACACGUCAGAGACUGAAAUUGUGGAUAAAUCAGUACUGUGGUCUACCUCAAGCUAUCGGCGACUGAUGGUGAAAGCCUGUGUUCUGUGAUCUGUAACUCUAAGCUGGAUAUCGGUUUGUAUAUUGUGAUAGAUUUUAUAUUUUCCAGGAUGUAAAUUCCAUCAGUUUGACUGAAUCACUAACAACCUAACAGCCAGAAUGGAAACAAGAACAAAUCUCCUGGUACUUGUUCUCAGCAGGCCUCUCAGUGUGUGACACCUAAUGGACAACCGCUGCUUGGGAUCCCAACAACGUGUUGGCAGUGCUGCAGGGCAGGAACCCCCAGCCCCUUCCAGCUGAGCCCAGCACCUCCUGCACGGCCAUUUCAGGCAGCUCAGUGCCCCAGGGAUGCUGCAGCACAGCAAAGCAAGGCCUGCAUGAGAGUCACCUGUGUCUGGUCGUUGCUUUAUUACUUUGCAGCCUGGUUGGGCUGGUUCCAUUUUGGAGCACGUGGUGUGAGCAGAGCUGGGCAAUGUGGGUCUUGUCUGGAGAACAGCUGGCGUGGGAUGCAGCCAUGAUGGAGAAGAGGAGGAAAUGUUGCUCCAUGUGGCCAUGAGGACAAUUCUGGCCCCAAAAUGCUGUGGGGAAAUGCAUUGGAUGUGGGUGCUAGGAAGCACUUCCACGUGCAGAGGCUUGGAUCCACUUAUCACCUGCCUUGACCUCUCUGCAAUAAGCAGCAAGUUUUGGAAGGAAAUACGGGAUCCACGAGGAGCCAUUGGAAGGGGCCAGAAAUGGAGGCUGGAGAGCAAACUGCCAACAAAAGCACAGUGCAAAGCAGUGAGAAGCCAUGAGAUCAGGGAGUGUGAGCACUGGGACCGCUGAACCUGGCCCUACAUCCAUCUCUGUGCAUUACCAGCUGCUGUGUGCUGCACCAGCACCAUGGGGCUCUGUCUGCUAGACCUCUCUUGCUAGGGCAGCAAAGGCACACGUUUUUCACCCAGAGGGUGGUGAGGCACUGGCACAGGCUGCCCAAGGAGGCUGUGGAUGCCCCAUCCCUACAGGCAUUCAAGGCCAGGCUGGAUGUGGCUCUGGGCAGCCUGGGCUGCUGGUUGGUGACCUGCACACAGCAGGAGGUUGGAGCUGGAUGAGCACUGUGGGCCUUUUCAACCCAGGCCAUUCUACGAUUCUCUCUUAGACUGGAAGCCACUGUAGACUCUUGAAACUAAAAGAUAAAUUAUUAAUCCAACGUCUCUCUCUUUUCCCCUCUGAAAUCCCAUUGCACGCUUUAAAAAUUAAAUAAAUUGAAUUAAUGGGUUAGUUUUACACAUAGGCUGAUUUAUGGCAGUAAUUUCAGAACAAAGAAAAAGGAAAUUGUUAGCAUAAUCAGUCACGCACAGAACGAGGCGAUUUGAUGUAUCAAACGUGGGAGGGUUGGUCUGAAUCCCAUCUGUGCCUGAUUCUUCAUCAGAUUCCGACCUAAUGAUUCAUAUCUGUUGAAAGCAAGUAAGAAAAAUCGCUGCUGUGACCUGAUGGUGUUGGACCUUCAUUUCUCAUCACUGUACACAGCAAGAGAGCCCCUGGGGAGUCUGAGCGUGGGGUGUGCAGUACCAGAGGCAGUCUGGCUCUUUAGGGCAGGUCAUGCAGGAGUCUCAUCCUGGAGGAGUGCAGCUCAUCCCAUCUGUGGAGCCCAAAAGCAGUCAUCACAUACAGAUGCUUCAGCACAAUGAAGGACCUGGCACCAUUUCCUCUCCUCUUUUUUGAAUAACAGCAAAUAUCUGUCAUUUAAGUAAGUACAGGAAAGCUAUUUUCUCCUGACCUGUUUCUACCGCAUGAACUGUAGGAUGAUGCAAAAUUUGGGGAGGAAUCUGGGGGAAAUUCAAUCCUGAAGUGUGAAUAUCUUCAGAACUUGCGACAAGCUGUGUGAAUAAACCAACAGCUGCCUCUGUUACUUUCUCAUGCCAUCAGAUAUUGCUCCGCAGAUGACUCUCCAUAAGCAUACCAAAUAUUAUGAGAUUAAAAGUUGCUGUGAGUACAUGAGGAAGGCAUGAGCCAGGCAGAAAGGCUUCUCCCCACCUCGCAGCAGUGUUUGUUUUGCUUUGAGCUCUCUCCAAUCGCUGCACUGCUUGUGAGCAGCAGGGAAAAACCCCGGGGUUGUCCACUAAAUCAGUUUGUUCUUCUCUCACGAUAACCAAUGUCAACACUCAUUUCUAAUGCUUUCUUAUUGAAAGAGUUGGGACUCAUUGCUAUUGCAUAGAUGGAAAUGCAUGCUAUGCUUCUCUGUAAACAGCGCUGUUCUUGAUGGCUUAAAGAUGACUGUAUGUAACUACUCAGUGUCGUUGGGGCAUUAACUCUGCAACCGAGUAAAUGUGACAAGAGAAGCCCACUGAAAUUGGCACAGCUCUGCUGCUGCUGCAGGUGGGAUCUGUGCAAAAACAUGCUUGCUUUGAGGAACCACGUGUGACUGGGUAGUUUUACAGCCCCUUCCCCAAAGGCUAUGUGUGCUGCAGCCUGAUCUAUUGUGUUCUUUUAUGUAUCCAAAACGGGAGGUUCUUCCUGGGCCUGGUGCUAUGCCUGUCGGAUCGCUGGAACGCUGCCUCUGGUGAUCAUAGAUGAAAGUCAGAAUAAAAUACUUCUUCCAGGAAGAGCAAAUUGCUUAGUUAUAUAUUUUGUAUGUCCUUUGCUCAAUAUAUUGCACAGAAAAGACACACUAAAGUGUGAGCAGGAACCGUGAGACAGUCUCAAUGCCAGGCUGGCAAGAGAUGUGCAGAACAGGCACGCCUGCAGGCUGACACGGCUCACACAGCCAGGUGAGAGCUGUUCGGUAUGGAUGAAGUCCUGUCCUGCAAUCUGUCAUCACUGUUACUACGGAUAUAUCAGCAUCAGCAAAAUCCAGUGUCAUUUCUGCCACGGUUAUGAAUCCUUGCACAGAACAGAACAAUCUGACUUUUCCAAUCUCCCGGGACAAAACAAGCUAAAGGAUUUGUUAUUUUCCACGCGUCAGAAGCACAAACUGGUGACCUAUCUGUAAAUACAUCGCUACAAGAUGAAUGUAUACUGGGAAAGAAUAUACUAUUUUUGCAUGGUGGCUGAUAACUUAAAGACCUCUCGAUGCCUUACGCACACGUCGGCAAAGCGUUUUAUUUACAGGCAAUUCUCUCUGCGUAGUUCUCGUUCCUUUAUCUCACUUUGGUCCCAUCUGUGGAAAAAACACACACCAGAAUUGGAUCUUUGGUUGUUCUUGGAAUUCACUUUCUUCAGUACCUGGCACGUUCCAUGGUUUCCACGCCACAUUUUCUCCCAUUAAAUGGUGGGACUGAGCCUAUUCGUUACGGGGGAGAAAUCCAUAUUCCUGGAUAACCGGAGAGAAACAGCUUCAGAUGUAUGGAAUUGUUGCAAAAUAAAACAUUUUGAGGCACCCAGA